AACCAAUUGCACCACGACCGGAUGGAAGAGCCCAGAUGACACAACCAAGACAACUCUCAGUGUCUAGGAAGCUUGGGGUUCAGCUCCUUUUACUUCAGGCAAAUCUGAACUCAGUUAAUGCAAUUUUUGAAGCAUGUCCUGAAUAGAUUCAGUCAUUAUCGAGUCAAACGGUGAAAGGUUGCUACUAUUACCAAAUAGGAAAAAUCUGAAGACUAAGAACUACACAUGAGGAAUGCGUCAUUUAGCACCUUCACUUUUUGAUCUCCACAGAAGACAAUGAGAAGUCACACCAUAACAAUGAUGACAACAACUUCAGUCAGCAGCUGGCCUUACUCCUCCCACAGAAUGCACUUUAUAACUAAUCACAGCGAUCAGUCACCACAAAACUUCUCAGGAACACCAGAUGUUAUUACAUGUCCCAUGGAUGAAAAAUUACUAUCUACUGUGUUAACAACAUUUUACUCGGUUAUUUUUAUCGUGGGACUGGUUGGGAACGUAAUUGCCCUCUAUGUAUUUCUGGGUAUCCACCGCAAAAGAAAUUCCAUUCAAAUUUAUCUACUUAAUGUAGCCAUUGCAGACCUUCUACUCAUCUUCUGCCUCCCUUUCCGAAUAAUGUAUCACAUUAACCAAAACAAGUGGACACUAGGUGUGAUUCUGUGCAAGGUUGUGGGAACACUAUUUUAUAUGAACAUGUACAUUAGCAUUAUUUUGCUUGGAUUCAUCAGUUUGGAUCGCUACAUAAAAAUUAAUCGGUCUAUACAGCGACGGAAGGCAAUAACAACUAAACAAAGUAUUUAUGUCUGUUGUAUAGUAUGGAUGCUUGCUUUUGCUGGAUUCCUAACUAUGAUUACUUUAACACUUAAGAAAGGAGGGCAUAAUUCCACAAUGUGUUUCCAUUAUAGAGAUAAGCAUAAUGCAAAAGGAGAAGCCAUUUUUAACUACGUUCUUGUGGUAAUGUUCUGGCUAAUUUUCUUAUUAAUAAUCCUUUCAUAUAUUAAGAUUGGGAAGAAUCUACUGAGAAUUUCUAAAAGGAGGUCAAAAUUUCCUAAUUCUGGUAAAUAUGCCACUACAGCCCGGAACUCCUUUAUUGUACUUAUCAUUUUUACUAUAUGUUUUGUUCCCUAUCAUGCCUUUCGAUUCAUCUACAUUACUUCACAGCUAAAUGUAUUGUCUUGCUACUGGAAAGAAAUUGUUCACAAAACCAAUGAGAUCAUGCUGGUUCUCUCGGCCUUCAACAGUUGCUUAGAUCCAGUCAUGUAUUUCCUUAUGUCCAGUAACAUUCGUAAAAUAAUGUGCCAACUUCUUUUUAGACGAUUUCAAGGUGAAGCAAGCAGGAGUGAAAGCACUUCAGAAUUUAAACCAGGAUACUCCCUGCAUGAUGUAUCUGUGGCAGUGAAAAUACAGUCUAGUUCUAAAGGCACUUGAGGUAAACAUACUAAAAAUAAUGAUAUAAUACAGCCUCUUAAUUCUUUGAAGAACUAAAAAAUGAUGAAACAUAGUUCUAGCAUUUACAAAACUCAGAUCUCAAAGCUCUCCUUGUAUCUGUGAUAUUUCAAUUGCUAAACUGUAAACCAUUUGAAGGUACUACAUUUUAAAUCUGUAUGCAAAAUCUUUUCAAGAUACAUUUUUAAGCUAAUACUCUUAACAUAGAUUGUGAAGUUAAGUGGAAUUUAUGGCUUUAACAGCAAAAUAAUUAAAGUGCCAUAGUCUCUCAAGUCACUAAAGUAGUUAUUAAAAUCAAGCACUUGAUACUAAUUUAAAAUGUGUUUUAAAGUAAAUGAUUCGGGAACUGACAAUAUGUCAGAAAACAGAUGUUCCUUUCUCAUUUAAAAAUCUUGUAUAAUUUGCUGCUGUAUGCCUAAAUCUCUAUAACAAAUGAAAAGAUAAUUAAUAAAAUUCUAAUUAAAAAAUGA